AGCAAACCCGUUUCCUCAUAACAAGGAAUAGACUAUUUUUGUUGAUUUCUCCAUGUAGAUAUUAUCUCCACAUAGGAUUUUAAAAGUAAUUUGGUGUACAUAAGGAAUAUAAAAUAGAAUCAGUUUUGAGAAAAUUUAUAGAAUAUUUAAUAUUGGUUUUUCGAAAUGCAAGAUCCAAAUGAAGAUACUGAAUGGAAUGAUAUUCUCAGAAAGAAAGGUAUUAUACCUGAGAAAAAGAAGGAACAAGAAGUUACAGAAGAUCAAAUAGUCAAUCUUUUAGAAAAUACUAUAGAUGAGAAAACUGGACGUGCUCUUAACAAUCUAGAAGAGAAAACUUUGGAUGAAUUAGACGAAUUGGAAGAUGAAGAGGAUGAACGAGUUCUAGAGGAAUAUCGACAAAAGAGAAUAGCAGAGAUGAAAGAGCUGGCAAACAAAUCAAAAUAUGGAGAAGUGCGAGAGAUAUCUGCAGAGGAUUAUGUUCGAGAAGUAAAUAAUGCUGGAGAAGAUGUUUGGGUUGUUCUACAUCUUUAUAAAUCUGGCAUCCCACUUUGUACUCUAAUCAAUCAGCAUCUUGCCAAUUUAGCAAGAAAAUUUCCUGUCACAAAAUUUUUGAAGAGCAUCUCUACCACUUGUAUUCCUAACUGGCCUGACAGCAACCUUCCUACAAUAUUUAUUUAUCAUAAUGGAAAUAUGGCGAAACAAAUCAUUGGACCACUUGAAUUCCGUGGCAUGAAAUUAUCCGAAGCAGAAUUAGAAUGGAUGCUGGGACAAGCAGAAGCAAUAUCAACAAAGAUUAAGGAUGAUCCUCGUCCUAAAGUAAAAGAUGUUUUAUUUUCAAGUUUGAGAAAUGAUGAUAUUGGUAGUGAUAAUGAUGAUUGGUAAUUCUACCUACAUUAGCACAUACAUACAUGAAUUCACCAUUUGUACAUGUAUUAUUUUCAAAACUGCUAUACCAAUGUCAUUGAUUUAAUAAAAUAUUUUAUUACCAUGUUA